CCAAGAAUUUGUCAAAGGCCCCCAACAUACCAUCCCCACGACCCAACUGUUCCAUUCGUCAAAUUUGGCGUGUGUGAACCACGAAGAGGCAUCUUUCCUCUUUCUCUCUCCUGCCUCAAUCGUUUACCUACUGCUAGUACUCCCUCUUCUCCCUUGAUUCCUCCUUCGUCUCCUUCACAGAUCUCUCUUGUUUUUGGGUUUUCUUUGUAUUCCCCAUUCUUACCUGCUCCGGCUGCAUCUGAAGGUGAUCCUGCUUCCGUGAAAUGGACUUUUUCUUCAGGGAUGUGACUGAGUUGUGUCAAGACUCUCAACCUUGUCAUCAGGACAUUACUAGGUGUCCAUUUCUGCGGAACAUUAAUGAGCCUACUAAUUUCUCCUUCUCCUCAUCAAUGAGUUUCCCAAUGCCUGUACGAGGAGCUAAAGGUCCAAUUUUUGAGGAUGGACCCAAUUUUGAAAAUGCAUUUAGGCUUUUCCAUGGGCAAAAUGGCGUUGUCCCACUCUCUGGAAGACCAUUCAUGCAUUCUGAGAAGUUAGAAUCUGAACCUACACCAUGUCAAUUCAAUCCUUUAGCAGCAAAGGCCGCCUCCAUUAGUCUUUCAGGUUUUGGAGCUGGAGGACCAUUUGGCUUUGAUGCAUUCUCUGAGAAAUGGAAGAAUCAGAAAAGAAAAUCCAAAUCAUCAGAGAAAGGAACUUCUUCACAGGGAGGAGACUCGAAGCACGAAGCAAUGGGUAACGAAUGGUUAGAAACCGGGAAUUGCCCAAUUGCAAAGUCAUACCGAGCAGUGAGUCACGUCCUUCCGCUUGUGGCAAAGGCUCUUCAGCCACCUCCCGGCAUAAAUCUCAAGUGCCCCCCAGCCAUUGUUGCAGCCCGAGCAGCCCUUUCACGAACAGCCUUUGCAAAGAACCUCCGACCCCAACCCCUCCCUGCAAAGGUUCUUGUCAUUGGAGUAUUGGGUAUGGCUGUGAAUGUUCCUUUAGGAAUAUGGAGAGAACACACUGAAAAAUUCUCACCCUCAUGGUUUGCAGCGGUCCACGCAGCAGUUCCAUUCAUAGGGAUACUUAGGAAGUCUGUGUUGAUGCCUAAGACAGCUAUGGCAUUUACCAUUGCAGCGUCAAUAUUAGGCCAGGUUAUUGGUUCUAGGGCAGAGCGAUAUCGGUUGAAAGCAGUUGAUGCAAGAAAAGUAACUCUCGCUGAAACUCGUGUUGACUGUUCAAAUCAGUUACAAGUUGUGGGAGUUAAAGGUGGCCAUUGUGGUGAGAUUGUUGAGUGGAAAACGGUUCCGAUUCAGGUUGCAGGGCCAUCUUGUUCAUCAGCUGAUGUGUGGUGCUAACAUUUUUAGCAGAUUUGAUCUUGUGUACUCUACUUGGUGCUAUUUGUAUUUUUUUGUUUGUUCUUCUUGUUGAUUUUGGUUUUUCUUUGCUUUAGACUCUUGGAAGACUUGGUAUCAGGAUUUGAUGAAUAAGAUAUGGAGGGAUGAGAUUAUUCUCUUAAAGAUUGUUUGCAUUUUAUAUGAUUCUCAAAAUAAAUAAAGACAAAAGUAAGACAUGCUUGGCUGAAAAUAAA